AUGAGCAGGGAGGCCCCCAGCCCCCUCUCCUUCCUCACAGCUCCAGGCACUCCAGGGACCCCCGUGGAGGCAGCCUUCCCCUUCCCGGUCCUCAUUGCCCUGGCUUGCAUCUUCCUCCUGCUGGCCACCUGUCUGCUGUUCAUGACCCUCUGCAAGCCGACCGCGCUGGACCCGAGCCGCCGCGGGCCACGCGAGUGCAUGCCCCACCACCCGGGGAGUCCCAGCGAGCCCCAGCUCCGCCUCUGGAAGCGCCUGGGCUCGCUGCGCCGCUCCCUGCACAGCUUCCGCCGCGGCUGGCCCGCUGCUCCGCGACGCCCCUUGACGGCACGCGAAGGCAACAGCGACUGUGACUGCAUGGAAUCCACGAAGAUGUGA